ACUUGUUUUUCGCACAAAUCAUUCAGCCAUGCCGCGCGACCCGCUGAUCGGCCUCGUGGGCAAGCCGUCGUCGGGUAAAUCCACCACACUCAACAGCUUGACAGACGCCACGUCCAAAGUUGGGAACUUUCCCUUCACCACAAUCGACCCGCAACGCGCCAUCGGCUACCUGCAGAUCGAAUGCCCCUGCGCGCGCCUCGGGCUGGCGGACCGCUGCAAACCGAACUACGGCGCCUGCGUCGAGGGCCGCCGCUCCGUGCCGAUUGAGCUGCUCGAUGUCGCCGGUCUCGUGCCCGGCGCGCACAUGGGCAAAGGACUGGGGAACCGCUUCCUCGACGACCUGCGCCACGCAGAUGCGCUCGUGCACGUCGUCGACGUCAGCGGGACGACCGACGCAGAAGGCAAGGCCACGCGCGGCUACGACCCCAGCCAGGACAUCGUGUGGCUGCGCAGCGAGAUCGUGCGCUGGAUCCAGGGCAACCUGAUGGAGAAAUGGGGCAGCAUCAAGCGGCGCCACAUCGCCGUCAAAGCCACCCCGAUCGAAACCCUGCAGAACCAGUUCUCCGGCUACGGCUCCACCAGCGCCGUCGUCGCCCGCUGUCUCGACAAACUCGGGCUGCUCAGCGGCGCCACCAAAGUGCCCCUCGAGCACUGGGACGACGAGACCAUCGAGCGCGUCGUCAACGCCUUCACCGACGAGAAAUUUCCCACCGUCAUCGCCCUCAACAAAAUCGACCACGCCGACGCCGACAAGAACAUCGCCAAGAUCGCCAAAACCGCCGACCCCAAGAGCAUCGUCCUGUGCAGCGCCAUCAGCGAGGUCUUCCUGCGCAAGCUCGCCAAGCAGGGCUUCGUCAAGUACACCGAAGGCAGCGAGUUCGUCGACACCCGCGCGGAUCUGAUCGCCGACGGCGACCCCACCGGCGGCGGCCUCAAGGAACUCGACGACAAGCUCGCCCAGCGCAUCGAGAACCUCAAGGACAUGGUGCUGUACCGCUUCGGCAGCACGGGCGUCGUGCAGGUGCUCUCGCGCGCGGCGGAGCUGCUCGGCCUCGUCCCCGUGUUCCCCGUGCGCAACAUCCAGAGCUUCACGUCGGGGAGCGCCGCCAGCACCGCGGUGUUCAGGGACUGUGUGUUGGUGAAAAAGGGCAGCACGGUGGGCGAUGUGUAUAGGAAGGUCAUGGGCGAUGCGCCGCUGGCAUAUGUCGAGACGGAGGGGGCGCGGCGGGUGGGCGAGGACGACGUGGUGAGCGUGGGGCGGAACGAUAUUCUGAGCUUCAAGGUGGGGAGGGCGUAGGUGUGGAAGAUAUCAACUCGUCAUCGAGACCGUUCAGUGCCAUUGGGUGUGAGACUGUGUCUGUCUUGUGGGUGCCGCGCUGCCUCUGCGGUGUUCAUGUUCUGUCCUGCCCGAGCAUCUGACAUCCUCCACCAACGCAUAGCG